GCGACGUCUGUAGUAACCUACACCCACAUACCGUACACGUAAAGCUGCCGGUAAAAACGUAGCUGGCGCCGUGGCUGCAGCGUCAUGUCACAACCUUUAGCUAAAGUUAUUGAGUUUACUUCGCUACAUAUAGCUUUUUAGCAAGUUAUGUUUAAGUUAUAACACUGUAGUUGACACGUUUAACGUGGGUUGUGGGUGUAAAAUGCGUAAUAUAUUUCUUUAGGCGUUGUCUAAGGAGGGUACAUUUAGCUAAACUGAGUCCUCUUUCGAGCUAGCCCGCUAGCUAACUUUUGAGUAACUUUAAGGGACCGUGGUUAAAGUUGUAGACGCCCGCAGAGGGAGUGUCAUACGCGGCCGUUCCCUCCCUGCGCCACUUUAAGCGGAAUGGGAAGCCUUGAAACCUCCAUGUUUGUAUCUUGAAAUUGCGAGCGGAGUUGAGCACCAUAUUGAAUCAAAGUUGCCAACUCCUUUGUCAAACUGUUUCAGAAGUACCCCGGAGCUUCAAACUUUUAAGCGCGCGCCCGAGGAGCGGACGUCAGGCGACGAGUAAGCGGACGCGCCGUGGCCGACUUGUUGCGAUGUUUCCCCGGGCCGCCUCGGCGUUCUUCUCCUCGUCCCUGCUGAGUUAAUGCUGCGCGGAGUCGGCGAACAAUCACCUAACUUUAAAAGCGCGAGGUCAGCGGCACCGCGGACCAGACCUGGAUGUGAUGGACAAUCCGUCCUCAAUAAUCACCCAAGUCAGCCGGGAUGAAGAAGGGGGCAAAGCCGCAGGAGAGAGGGGUUCUUCACCUUCUCUAUCCUCCAAGAAGCCCAGGAGCAGAGGCCUCUUCUCCAGCCUGCUCUGCUGCCUGUGUCGGGACCAGCCCGACCCGGCCCCCGUCAACAACAACGCUCCCCUCUUAGUCGAGGAGAACGGAACAGUCUCCAAGAUCCAGGUGAAACCACUUCUUCCUCCCGUGAAGUCGAAAGACUCCGGAAAGAUCUGCGUGGUUAUAGAUCUGGACGAGACGUUAGUUCACAGCUCCUUUAAGCCUGUGAACAAUGCAGAUUUCAUCAUUCCUGUGGAAAUAGAUGGAACCGUACACCAGGUGUAUGUCCUGAAGCGGCCCCACGUCGACGAGUUCCUGAAGAGGAUGGGAGAACUCUUCGAGUGUGUCCUGUUCACCGCCAGUUUAGCCAAGUACGCAGACCCAGUCUCCGACCUGCUGGACAAGUGGGGCGCGUUCCGCUGCCGCCUUUUCCGGGAGUCGUGCGUCUUCCACCGAGGGAACUACGUCAAGGACCUGAGUCGCCUGGGCCGGGACCUCAACAAGGUCAUCAUCGUGGACAACUCCCCCGCCUCCUACAUCUUCCACCCAGAUAACGCGGUGCCCGUGGCCUCGUGGUUCGACGACAUGAACGACACCGAGCUGCUGGACCUCAUCCCGUUCUUCGAGAGGCUGAGCAAAGUGGACAACGUCUACACGGUCCUCAAGCACCCGGGGACGCCUAGCUAACGGACUCUUUCAUCUCAGCUCUGAACAAAAACGGCCUAAAAAAUGAGAACACACACACACACACACACACACGCAUGCACGCACACACACACACAUCAGCAGCGAGGCUCCAGCUUUCACUGCUUUACCACAACACGAGCUGCUUCACAGCUGACGGAGACUUCACCUCCCCAGUGUCAGACCGGCAUCACGUUCGGGAGCCUCGGGGGACUUUGACAGCGUCGACACUGCCACCUCCUGGUCAGACGGAGAAACAAAAAAAAAAAAAAAAAACCACGACUGAACGGUGCCUUCCAAAUACCAGCUGAUGCGAGCGAACGGACGAAAGUUUGAAUGUUUAAUGUCACUGAACUUGCAGCAGAGUUGACAAAGCUGAUGAGCUGAAGCCGUGAAUCCUCCGGACUGGGUACUGGACAUAUGGAAUUAAAGAUUCGCAGGAAAGGAACCUUCUUUUUGGGGAAGGUUUACGCGGAGACUAGCUUGAUGGACACGGAUACGUACUGUAGAAGCCUUUUUAAGCAUUUUCGGAGCAGCAUUAUCUCUUGAUUCCGUCACACUGUGCGUCACGAGAUCCUCGGGUGUCUUUCUUUUUUUUUUUUUUUUUGAGAGUGAUCGGAUGUUUUUGAGUAAUCGUGGCAGUGUUAUGAAGAAAAAAGGGGGUUGUAAUGUCAGAUAUAAUCAGGAGUUGUCGAAUUCACUAAUAACGUAUAAUUGGACAGCACUUGAAAAGCACAGUGCGCAGUCACUGCAGUGUGUAAAUUGAUUUGUGUACAAACAUUUCACAGUGAGGUUUUGGCAUUUGGUAACAAUGAGGCGUUUUAAAGAGGCCUGCAGUGUUCUUCCCCAAACCCGACACUAACAAUUUACGAAAAUCAAACCGUCUGCACGAGAGAGUAAGAGAACAGCGAUAUAUAUCUGCGCCCGCGUCGACCCGGCAAAGAUGAGAGGACCAGGAUUGCUUUUUAACCCGCCUCCGUACGAGCCGCCGCCUCCUUUAGCGUCCGGACCCGUUCCUCGUUUCAAAGUCGCACACGAAACCUUGAAUUUUUUUCACUGCUUUUACGGACUUUUAUCUGAGCGGUUAAGUUGUGUGAUGCAAAAAAAAAAAGAUAAGUUUGGUCAGUUUGGUUCAUCGUAAGUUUUUUUUUUUUUUUUUUUUUCUUCGUGUGUGUGUGUUUUUUCUGAAGCGGUACACACAGGCUGGAAACAAUUACAGGACCCUGUAAUGAGAUGUGUGCUGAAGGGAGGAGAUGACGCGAGGAUAUGCGAGGACGCAAAAAAAAAAAAAAAUAAGUGGCUUAAUUCAGUCCAGAUUUAAAAGAAGAAAUCCACCCUCAAAACACUAUUAAUAAAUUAUAUCCAUCUAUUGUUACUUAAUGAUGUUAAUUCCAGUGCAGCUACAAUGGUUUAAUAGUUCUAAAAGAAAAUCAAUUAGUGUCUCUUUUAUCUUACAUUAUUAGUAUCCUAUAAUUGCAGUUGUGUAAAAACCCAGCAGUUGCUCAACCGCUUCGAGUUUCAGGAAAGGCAUUCUGGGAAAUGUAGGAAACGCGAGUAACUUGCGCCAUCUCCCUCAUUUGCGUUGACAAUGCCACACGUUGACAGCGGUGAAUGAAAGCCUCCGUAGCAGGGACGACAAUUAAAUCCGCCACAUUGUUUUUUACGUUUUAACGAAUUGUUGUCAAUCAGAUUAGCAUUUUCUUUAUUAUUUCUUUAUUUUUUUUAAAAGAAAAAGAUAACAGAUUAUAUUCUAAUUGUUCAGAGUCCUCUGAUACGACAUACGCAGCGUGUUUCCCAGUGGGGAAACAUCGUUCUUGCGAUUUUAACGCGAGGCCCGGUUGGUUACCUCAUAUAUUAGCAGGUAGGAUAUGGUUCAGAAACACCAGCAAACGUUGUAGGCACAUAACAGGGUAACUAUUUUCAGAUGCAUGUAAGCCAUGAUCACGUGUCUCGACAAGAUUCAGUUUUUGGAGUUCAAUGCAAAGUGUGACGAGUAUUUAUAGGAACACUCUGUCGUUUUUUUUUUUUUUGUUUUUUUUUGACAUUUGAUUAAAUAUAAAGUAUUGUGUCACAAUAUGUGGGCCCAUUCGCUGAUACUGUACUUCUUACACAUUCAGUAGAUAUGUAUAUGUUGUUUUGCACAGUAAUAAAGCAAACAAAUUUCAUUAAUAUAUGGAAUAUUCAUGUUACUGUACUCAUGAUUCAGUAGAUGUAACCUAAUUUUGUUGUUUUAUCAUACCAAAUUAUGUAUGACCUGUAUGUAAUAAUGCCAUCUUUUCCCCAUAAAUGCUAAAAGAAAGAUGCUUCAA